GAGCUGGACGGUGGCCCGCAGAGGACAAUAGACUUGCGGGGCGGAGGCAAGGUUUUGCCUGGUGUGGGACACUGCCAGCCUGUCCAGGUGUGGGAGGGCGGCUGGGCUGCAGGUCAUGACGGCGGCCUCUGCGGUGUCUGUGCGGCUGGUGUCCGUGGAGAGGAACCGCUGGCAGAGCGUCCCCAGCCUGCUGUUUUCGACUAGGAGAUGGACAUGGAAACAAAGAACCAUGAAGUAUUCAGCAUCCACAGGACAGAACAUUACCAAGGUGCUUAUUGCAAACCGAGGAGAAAUUGCCUGCAGAGUGAUACGAACAGCCCGGAAAAUGGGUGUGCAGUCUGUGGCUGUUUACAGCGAGGCGGACAAGAAUGCCUUGCAUGUGGACAUGGCAGACGAGGCAUAUUGCAUUGGCCCCGCUCCCUCCCAGCAGAGCUACCUUUCCAUGGAGAAAAUCAUUCAGGUGGCUAAGAUCUCUGCUGCCCAGGCAAUCCAUCCAGGAUAUGGUUUUCUUUCAGAAAAUAUGGAAUUUGCUGAACUUUGCAAGCAAGAAGGAAUUAUUUUUAUAGGCCCUCCUUCAGCUGCAAUUAGAGACAUGGGCAUAAAGAGCACAUCCAAGGCCAUAAUGGCUGCCGCCGGAGUCCCUGUUGUAGAAGGGUAUCAUGGAGAGGACCAGGCAGACCAGUGCCUGAAGCAGCACGCUGCGAGGAUUGGCUAUCCCGUCAUGAUCAAAGCUGUCCGGGGCGGUGGGGGAAAGGGAAUGAGGAUUGCUAGAUCAGAACAAGAAUUUCAAGAACAGCUAGAAUCAGCACGGAGAGAAGCUAAGAAGUCUUUCAACGACGAUGCCAUGCUGAUCGAGAAGUUUGUGGACACACCCAGGCAUGUAGAGGUCCAGGUGUUUGGAGAUCACCAUGGCAAUGCCGUGUACUUGUUUGAAAGAGACUGCAGUGUGCAGAGGAGACAUCAGAAGAUCAUCGAGGAGGCCCCAGGGCCUGGCAUUGAGCCUGAAGUAAGAAAAAAACUUGGAGAGGCUGCAGUCAGAGCUGCUAAGGCUGUAAAUUAUGUUGGAGCAGGAACUGUGGAGUUUAUUAUGGACUCCAAGCACAAUUUCUACUUCAUGGAGAUGAAUACAAGGCUGCAAGUGGAACAUCCUGUCACUGAGAUGAUCACAGGAACUGACUUGGUGGAGUGGCAACUCAGGGUUGCAGCAGGAGAGAAAAUUCCUUUGAGCCAGGAAGAAAUACCCCUGCAAGGCCACGCCUUUGAAGCUCGAAUAUAUGCAGAAGAUCCGAACAAUAACUUUAUGCCAGGGGCUGGCCCACUCAUGCACCUCUCCACCCCUCAGGCAGACCUGUCCACUAGGAUUGAAACUGGGGUGCGGCAAGGAGACGAAGUGUCAGUAUAUUACGAUCCCAUGAUUGCGAAGCUGGUGGUGUGGGCUGCAGACCGCCAGGCAGCUCUGACAAAACUGAGGUACAGCCUUCGACAGUACAAUAUCGUCGGGCUACACACCAACAUUGACUUCCUUCUCAGCCUGGCCGGCCACCCAGAGUUUGAAGCUGGAAAUGUGCACACUGAUUUCAUCCCUCAACACCGGGAAGAACUCUUACCCAGUCGGAAGGCCUUCAACAAAGAGCUGUUAUGCCGGGCAGCUCUGGGUCUCAUCCUCAAGGAGAAAGCUAUGUCUGAGGUUUUCAAAACUCAGACACAAGAUCGAUACUCUCCAUUUGCAUCCAGCAGUGGGAGAAGAUUGAAUAGUUAUUAUACCAGAAACUUAACUCUCAGGGAUGGUAAAAACAAUGUAGCCAUUGCUGUUACAUAUCACCAUGAUGGGUCAUACAGUAUGCAGAUUGAAGAUAAAAUUUUCCAAGUGCGUGGUUACCUUUCCACUGAGGAAGACUGCACCUACCUGAAAUGUUCUGUUAAUGGAGCUGCUAGUAAAACUAAGCUGAUUAUCCUGGAGAACACUAUCCACCUAUUUUCCAUGGAAGGCAGUAUUCAGAUUGACAUCUCAGUCCCCAAGUACUUGUCUUCAGUGAGCUCAGAAGGAACUCAGGGAGGUACCGUCGCCCCCAUGACUGGGACAAUUGAAAAGGUGUUUGUGAAAGCAGGAGACAGAGUGAAAGCUGGAGAUUCUCUAAUGGUUAUGAUUGCCAUGAAAAUGGAGCACACCAUCAAGGCUCCCAAGGAUGGCACAGUCAAGAAGGUGUUCUACAAAGAAGGUUCUCAGGCCAACAGACACGCACCACUAGUGGAGUUUGAGGAAGAGGAAUCGGAGAGAAGGGACGCAGAAUGAACUCUCUCAGAGAAAUGGCUGCCUCACCUCAGCAGUAUAUUUCAAGUACAGUGUCUCUCCACCACAAAGAAAAAGUGCCUUCCUGCUUUCCUCCAGGUUAAUAGUCCGUUAUCAAGUGAAUGUAUAAUCAUGCUAAAACCCUUUCAGACUUAAGAAUCGUGUAUGUGGGUUGCUAAUACAAUAAAUGAUCUCAAAAUAUUUCACACGAAUGAAAUUGAAUUGUACUUUUUCAGUGGUGACCAAUGUAGUGUUUGCCACAGCCUGUCUCACUGAUUGUAAUGUUUUUAGGAAGACAGGAAACCAUUUGAUUAAAAGAGAAUGAUUGGAAAAGAAAAA